CUGAUGAUCCGCAAUAUAUUCCUCUUUUUGGAUCGUCAGUUGCCAGUUGUGAAUCCGAAGUAUCUAUGCUUAUGUUCGGCGACUUGGUGCUGGCGGGCUAUCGAGAUUGAGAUUGAUCGCAUAUUAUCCGUCUUUUGGGUUCAGGGCUUUAUUUUGGAUUUGGCAUUAAAUCUAUUCAAGGAGCACAUUCUUACCCAUAAUCUCGUCCAACCGAAAAUCUUGAAACAGUUACUUGACCAGAUCUAUAAAGAACGCACGGGCACCACAGUUGAUCGUCAGCUCUUACGAUCCAUCGUUCGCAUGCACACGGACCUUCAGGCCGAGAAUCUGAUUAAACAGCUGUCCGUGGCAGACUACCUGGCGCAUGUGAACAGGCGUAUAAGUGAGGAAGAAGAGAGAUUGAAUGCCUACCUAAAUCCUACUACCACACGCACUCCGCUCCUAGCAACGCUGGACUCUGAACUGAUUGCUAAGCGGAUGGAAUAUCUAGUAGCCAACGGCCUCAGUCUUAUCCGCGAUCGACGUCUCGAGGAUCUUCACCUGUUUUACACGCUACUCAGCAGGGACAAAGUUAUGAUACAGGGCCUCCUAGAUUGUCGCGACUCCCUUCUCCAACUGAUAAAUUCGGGCUUUUGUGCAGAUCCCACUUUCAACAGGGCUCUUCAAGAGGCCUUUGAAGAGUUUAUCAAUAAUCGGCCUAACAAACCUGCCGAGUAUCUGGCCAAGUAUCUAGAUGCUCAUCUGCGCACUGGAAACAAAACACAAACUGAUGAAGAACUUGAGCGUAUAAUGGACAAGGCAAUGGUGCUCUUCCGGUUCAUAUACGGAAAGGACAUUUUUGAAGCCUUCUACACAAAGGAGUUAGCCAAACGCCUCCUCCUAGGCAAAAGCGCUUCGGUUGAUGCCGAAAAGGCCAUGUUGUCAAAACUGAAGCAGGAGUGUGGUCCUAAUUACACCCGAAAAAUGGAGACCAUGUUCCAGGACAUCGAACUGAGCCGUCAAUUAAGCAAGAACUUCCGUGCUGCCCAGCAGACCCCAUAUCCUAUAGACUUCAAUGUUAACGUCAUCAGUCCGGCCUCAUGGCCUCAGUAUCCGCAGCUUGCUGCCAACUAUCCUCCCGCUAUGCUGAGUCUUCGCGAGGAAUUCACCAAAUUCUACCUCAGUCAUCACCAGGGUCGUCGGCUUCUCUAUGAGCCUUCACUUGGCACCUGCGUCGUCAAGGCUGACUUCCCCACGGUUAGUACUAACUACCUUUUCGUGUUUUUGUUUUUAGAGGGGCAACUCAGUUUUGAUGACCAUUUUAUGCGAAGCUUUGCAGCCACUGAGCAGGAACAUACUUUAUUUCUUUUCUGUGGGGUUUCUUCACUACUCAACAGUAAGGAACGAACGUGCCGGCUUCGCCUUCUCUCAAUUAUCCUAAUAAACUGA